AUGGCACGCAUUGCACGCACCCGAGCGCAACCUGAGCAAACCGAUGACGGAUCAGACGUCAGCGCUCCUUCUUCACCAGAAACAUCUAUUUCAUCUGACAAAGAGAACCACGAAGCUUCCAGACGGGACUCCCGUACGGAGAAGCGAAAGCAAGGCCGGACGAUGGCGCCUGGUCAACCAACACCAUCGAAUUCCUCAGUGAACAAGAGACGGAGACUCGCGGAACGAGCUGCCAACACUCAGCUACCCACUCCGUCGCAGGCGCGCCGGUCGCAAGUCACCGACAAAGAUUUCUACGAUCCCGACCAAGACGAAGACGAGCGUCGACGGAUCCGUAAGGGCUUGAGGGAUCUUUCGAGAGAGUUACAUGACUCGCGUUCUGAGUACUUGCAAGCCGGUAAUACCGGCCUUAUCGACACGGUCGAAAAGGCGAAUGAGCUUUUCUAUCAUGUUAAACAGACUGCCGAUGCCACCAUCGAUUCACGCCUCUUAGUCAAUGCGGCUGAUUUGUCUUACAAGAAAACCGCGCAACUGACCCUGGGAGAUACUGCGGCAGGCAUUGAUGUAGACGAGUUCGUCUCGAAAUGUAUAUCAUUUAUGCACAGCGCUCCAGAAGGCGACGCCUCAGCUGUUCCGAGUAGCACUCAGAGGCGCCGUCGGCAAAGGGCCGUGGAAGAGGCUGACGACAGUGACGAUGAGCAAGGAGAUGCGUUGAACUGGGACUGGCUCGGUCGUGCUGCAUGUGUCCCGCAUAAUUACCGACCGGCCGUUUCUGGCUUUUUGCUGGGACCGCUAUCGGUGCAGAAGCGUGUACGGCAAGUGACACAACACAGAGCGAGGGAGCGAAUCGACCCUUCGCAGGCUGUGCAGCCGCAAGAGCUCCAGGAGGAGGACCUCGAUAAGCAAGAGACUUCGAACCUCACGGCUAUGUGCUCGAAUAUCAACAGGCUCCUGAUCAAGAUCCAAAAGAAGGGCCAAGAAUCUGUGGAAAGGGAGCUGUCAGGCGUUCCAGAUGUGACAGAUGAAAUGGUGCAGGAGGUAAUGAGCAGGUACAAUGUUGCCGAUGACGGUGGCGUACCACUUUUCCGAUUCUGCGUCAAUCCACGGUCUUUUGGGCAGACGGUGGAGAAUCUGUUUUACGUCAGUUUCCUGGUCAGAGAUGGCAGCGUUGGCGUUUCGAUGGAUAGUCGAGGGCUCCUAACUUUGCAGGCCGCGAAACCAUAUGCACCAAGCGAGGCACAGAGAAGAGGCAUUCAAAAGCACCAAGCGGUGUUCAGCCUCGACUUUGAAACAUGGCGUGAUUUGAUUGAAGUAUACGAGAUUACCGAAUCGCUCAUUCCUCACCGCGAGGAAGAGGAGCAUCUACAGAAUAACCAACGCAGAGGCUGGUAUAGCUAG